CCCGGCCGCGCCCACCAAGCUGGCGCGCCUGGACCUGAGCGUCCCGCAGGAGACCACGGAGCGCGAGGUGGAGCGCGUCCUGGGGCUGCUGCAGGCCUGCUUCCGCAAGUGCCCCGGCGCGCCCGUGUCCUACUUCGAGUUCGUGGUGGACCCGCGCUCGUUCGCGCGCACCGUGGAGAACAUGUUCCACGUGUCCUUCCUCAUCAGGGACGGCUUCGCGCGGAUGCGGCUGGACCAGGACGAGCUGCCCGUGCUGGAGCCCGUGGACGCGAGCCAGGCGGGCAACGCCGGCACCUACGGCCGGAAGCAGGGCGUGAUAGCCUUGAGUUUGCAGGACUGGGAGGACAUCGUGGCCACUUUCGAGAUCUCCCAGGCCAUGAUCACAGGCUCGAGCUAAGGGUUUCCGUAAUGCGGCAGUCUUUUUUUUUUUGAAGCACAUACGCUAUCUUUUGCAAAAAGUAUUUUUGAGACCAUUUGAAGUUGUUUCCUCUGAGUAUAUUUUUCUUGGUAACUUACAAGGUCGUGAUCAGUUAUUAAAAAACAUCUGCCAGCCUGUUUAUGGGA